AUGAGGCAGGAGAACCAGAGCAGCGUGUCUGAAUUCCUCCUACUGGGCUUCCCCAUCCCCCUGGAGCAGCAGUUCCUGUUCUUCACCCUCUUCCUGGCCAUGUACCUGACCACCGUGCUGGGGAACCUGCUCAUCAUCCUGCUCAUCAGGCUGGACUCCCGCCUCCACACCCCCAUGUACUUCUUCCUCAGCCACCUGGCUCUCACUGAUGCCUCCUUCUCGUCUGUCACGGUUCCAAGGAUGCUGCUGAACAUGCAGACUCAGCACCCAGCCAUCUCCUACUCGGGGUGCAUUUCACAGGUGUAUUUUUAUUUGGUUUUUGGCUGUGUGGACAACCUCCUUCUCUCGGUGAUGGCAUAUGACAGGUAUGUGGCCAUCUGUCACCCUCUACACUACACCCUCAUCAUGAGGAACGAGCUUUGCGUGCUGCUGGUGGCUGGCUCCUGGAUCAUCUCCUGUAGCAGUGCCCUCUUGCACACCCUUCUCCUGGCCCAAUUGUCCUUCUGUGCUGAUAACAUCAUUCCCCACUUCUUCUGUAGUCUCUCAGUCCUGAUUAAGCUAUCCUGCUCCAACACAUCUCUCAAUGAACUAGUCAUAUUCACUGCAGGAGCUGCUACAGUUGUCUUUCCACUGAGUGGCAUCCUGGUUUCUUAUGGUUGCAUUGGGGCCUCGGUCUUACGGGUUCCAUCCACCAAAGGUAUCCGAAAAGUCUUGUCCACUUGUGGCUCCCACCUCUCUGUGGUCUCUCUGUUCUAUGGCACGAUUGUGGCGAUAUACUAUUCCCCUUCGUCAAGCGACUCCAAAAACAAAGACAUGAUUGCCUCUCUGAUGUACACCGUGGUGACCCCCAUGUUAAAUCCUUUCAUCUACAGUCUAAGAAACAGAGACAUUAAAUUAGCUCUGAGGACUCUUUUCAGAAAGAGGAAGCUAGAAAUUAACUAG